GGGGAAAACGCAGAUAAUAAAAGUCAAGGAGGGAUGUCUCCCUUGUGAUCUCUCGGUUCUCUCUGUUGUUGUCCUGGUUUUUUUUUUUUUUUUUGGUCGCUCAAUAAUCAGACGACGAGGAGUGGGAGGGAGAGGAAAUAGAAAAGCGUGAAAAAUACCCAGUUCGCCUUUCGUUUUCAUCUUCCUCUCUCUCGCUUCUCUUAGAUUUUUCUUUUCCAUCUUCUUGCUUCGUCUUCGUUUUUGUUGUUUCUGCGCUCCGCCAUGAACGAGAAGGCUAACGUGUCUAAGGAGCUCAACGCCAAGCAUAAAAAGAUACUGGAAGGACUUCUUAAAUUACCAGAAAAUAGGGAGUGUGCUGAUUGCAAAGCUAAAGGACCGAGAUGGGCUAGUGUGAACUUAGGCAUCUUUAUAUGCAUGCAGUGCUCAGGAAUACAUCGAAGUCUAGGAGUACAUAUAUCAAAGGUGCGUUCUGCAACUUUGGACACUUGGCUCCCAGAGCAGGUUGCCUUCAUUCAAUCAAUGGGAAAUGAAAAGGCAAAUAGUUACUGGGAAUCAGAGUUACCCCCAAAUUAUGAUAGAGUUGGAAUUGAGAAUUUCAUUCGCGCAAAAUAUGAAGAGAAGAGAUGGGUAGCAAAGGAUGGGAAACCAAAAUCACCUUCUAGACUGCAGGGAGACAAUGCCUCUUCGCAUUGGCAGAGGCCUGCAGAAAGAACGCAUGGUUCUCAUGCAUCUGCUUCUGAGAAUACUUUUGAGGAAAGGAAGAAAAUUCAGCCAUCAAAUACAGCUCCUGCUGCUAAAUUCACUGUUUCCGCUCCCCCAAAAGGACCUCAGCUGGCAAUACCCAUCAUAAAACCCCAGCAAGUUGAGAAAGUGGAAGCAGUCACACCACAACCUCAAGCUGAGACGACAAAGCCAGCUACUGAUAUGCCUCAGAGUACCCCUGCAAAAGUUGACUUUGCUACGGAUCUGUUUGACAUGUUGUCUGUGGAUGGCCCAAGUGAAAAUGGUUCAGAUGCUGCUGCUGCUGCUGCAGCUGAUGAUAAUAACUGGGCAGGUUUUCAGUCUGCUGCUACAGAAGCGUCAAGAGCAGAGAAGACCGGUCCCACAAAAGCAGUUGAGAGUACUCCACCUGCUUCCGGAAUUGAGGAUCUAUUUAAAGAUUCAUCUUCACCUUCGGUGACACCAAGCUUAGUUCCAGAAAAACAACAGAAAGAUGUAAAAAAUGAUAUAAUGAGCCUCUUUGAGAAGUCCAGUAUGGUGUCUCCAUUUGCAAUGCACCAACAACAACUUGCCAUGCUGGCACAGCAACAGUCCCUUCUAAUGGCUGCCGCGGCUAAAUCUGCUGGCGGGGACCCCAAGAAUCUUGGUAGUUUACAACAAUCUGGAGUGAAUGGGUCCAAUGUUGCUGUACAAAGUUGGCCAGGUGUUGGCUACUCUAUUCCUGGAGUUGUGCCAAUGCCUGAUCAGGCUGAGCUAUUGAAACUCAUGCAGACUGGGAGCAUGCCUCCAGCCCAACCUGCAGGAAGUGGUGCUCAAUAUCCAUCCGGUUUCUAUAUGAUGGGACAAGUUGCUCCAGUUAACGGUACAGCAACGCCAGGAGUGAGCAAACCUCAGCCAGCAGCUUCGGCAUCAUCGACUCCUUCACAGUCGUCGUCAGGAAAGGACUAUGACUUUUCCGCUUUAACGCAAGGGAUGUUCUCAAAACACUGAUCGGCCUUUCAUGUGACAAUGCCAGCUAUAUCACAUAUCACAUAGAAAGAUUAGUUCAAGUUACAGGGUACGCCAUUUUCAACAUUUUGUCAUUUCACUCGAGCUGUCCCACGGUUGUAAACCGCUUGUAGAGCAACUUCACUUUUUGCCUUCUUGUUUUGUUUGAUUGCUUCAUUUGUAUGUGUAGGUCCAUUCAUGAUAAUAAUUUUAGUGAUAUUCAUUUUUUUCUUCAGUCUGCCUCUAUGAAUAUUUCACUUGCAAGAUAUAAUCCGAGUUAGGUAGGCCUCUGGAUUGUAUGGAAUUAAAGAGACGAGUCGUGUGAAUAGUACAACAACUUGCUAUAUAUUAUUAUGUUGAACUUCCUUUUCGUGGGAAUACAAGCAAAGAGAUGAAUUGCUUGGC